GAGGAGAAGACGUCGCUACUUUUAGAAGCUAAAUAUUGUAUUAAAAGUGUGUUGGGCAAAACGCAGAAGAAGUUUGUCGAAAACCGACUAAUUGGAAAUUUCGACUCUGAAGACUUCUCAGAUGCCUGGAAGAAGAAGUUCUCUCACGCGCCAACAUGGUGUGACGCCGAUAUGUCGCUGCAGCAAAUUAAGAGGGGCAAUGCUCAAGGAAACCGAAUCGCCCUCUACGCCAGAGCAUUCUUCCAGCUAUGGCUUUACAGAAUAGGAUGUUUUGUGCAGAGAUACGCGUCGACUAUUAUAAUUAGGGUUAUCUCUAAUGUUAAUCUUAAAAAUUUUAAUUUCUCCAGUAUGGUCCUGUAUUGCCUCUGUCUUGGCGGCCUUCAGCACGUUGUCAUUGAGACGGACUUGGUGAAACUUUGGGUAUCAGAAGGAGGACGGUUGAAUGAGGAAAUGGAAUAUUUGGGACGAGUGAAACAUGAAAGAGAAUCUGGACAUCUUCAUCAUAUGCAUAAGAUCAAAAGAGAUAUUGAGAAAGCUGUAAAAGCUCCACCUGCCGUGAAAGCUGAAGUUCGGAGAGGACCAGAAUUACCAAAGGAGAACGGUCUGGGAGGAGGUUUUCAGGUCGUAAUCCAAACGCCAUCCUACGACGGUGAAAAUGUGCUCUCAAAGGAAGCGCUCCAAAAGCAUACCAAAUUGAUGCAAGAGAUUGCCAGCUACGAAGUUCACAUGUUCAAUGAAACCUGGACCCUCGCUGACAUUUGUUUCAAGCCCCCAGGACCAUCGUUCAACAGUGGACCUCUUGCUGGAAUCAUGUCGAAACUCCUCGAUAAAAUUAUUCCGUGUAUUUGGAUUACUCCAGUUGAUUGCUAUUGGGAUGGCGCCAAAGCGUUGGGACCAAACCCACCAUUGAAUUUGGGACCAGAAGUUGCCAGUUUCAUUUCCUCCCUCCCUCCUGGAAAUGUCACCUGGAAAAACUUGAAUCCAACGUCCGUCAUCAAAGAGGUCGGACAACUUUUCGACUUGGGACCAAUCGGUAACUUUUUCGAGAGAGCCGGAAUCGAUGGAGCGUACUUGGAUCGUCCAUGUAUUGACCCACUAGAGGAGGAAUGCCCAAAAUCUGCACCAAACUAUUUUGAUCGAUGUGCAGCGUUGACCAAAUUCAAUGAAUGGAAUUUGGCAAAGUCAAUGAGUGAGCAGGUCACACUGGAGCGCAAAAUCAUUAAGAAGGAAGAAGAGACUAAAGACAUUGCCGAGUCGAUUUUGAGUGAUAUUUUUGGAAAGAAAAGAAGAAAGAGGCAAGCAGAGGCUUCGGAAGAUUCAGAUGGCUCCAAGAAAGACGACGACUACUAUGCCUAUGAAGACGAUGCGGAUUACAUCAAUGGCCUAGGAAACACGACGACUCCUAAGAAAGACGCUGAGAAGGAAGCCAAGAACACGCUCUGCUUGGAAUACGGUAGUUCGUUGCUCAAAUGGAUGCAAGAGAAUCCAACCAGACUUGGAGAGUUUUUGACGAAGGAGGAGAUGCCAAAAUAUCCAAAUUAUGGAGAUGUGAUGACUGGGGGAUGCAAAGGAUUCGGAAAGAAAAUUAUGGAGUGGCCGGAGGAUUUGAUUAUAGGAGGAAUUGAGAGAGAAAAUGGAAAGUUGGUGUCCGCAGAGGCAUUGCAGUCUGUUUUCUUGGUUUCUGGACCAUAUGAUGUGUUUGCCAGAAUUAAGAACGACAAAACCGACAGUCACCCUGGCCUAAACCGUCACGGUUUCCAACCAUGGAUGGCCGGGGAAAUCAUCACCACAUGGCAAAGAAACUUCACCAAGAAACUCUACAGACACGAGCUCAACCAGGAACGUCGUGUGUUCCAUCCAUUGGCUUCCACCUCCAUCGCUGAUAUGCUCGAAGAAUUCUCCCAGUUUAACUACAUCAUCAUUGUGAUCGGCUACAUUUUGAUGGUGAUCUACGCCGCGUUCACCCAAGGAAGAUUCCAAGGAUGGUGGUUGGCAGUUCAGUCGAAUGUGGCGCUGGCUAUUGCUGGAGUCAUGCUGGUCACAUUCUCUUCAAUCUGCGGAUUAGGUUUUGCAACUCAUUUGGGCAUCAAUUUCAAUGCUGCAACAACUCAAGUGGUACCAUUCCUUUCUCUUGGUUUGGGUAUUGAUGACAUGUUCCUUUUGCUGCAUAACUACGAUGAAAUCAUCAAUAUCUGCCACAAAAACGAGAUUGGAGUUCUUCUGAAAGAAACUGGAAUGUCUGUGAUGCUCACUUCGAUUAACAACAUUCUCGCCUUCAUCUCCGGUUACGUUCUUCCAAUCCCAGCUCUUCGAUCCUUCUGCUCCCAGACUGCAAUCCUUUUGGCGUUCAAUCUGAUCUUCCUCAUGUUCAUUUUCCCAGCUAUGAUUGGAAUCGAUUUGAGAAGACAGCGAAAGGGAAAGAGAGAUUUGGCAUAUUGUAGCAGAGGAACACCACAGAUGCCUGCUAGUCAAAGUGUGCCAAGCAACGUUUCCAAUAAAUCUCAGAUGUCAUCUCGCGCUGAGUUGGCUGGAUACGACAAACAAGCCGCCGAAUUCAAGCGUCACGAGCCAUGGUAUACUGUAGGAGGAUUCUUGAACAACAUCUAUAUUCCAGCAUUGAAGAAUAAUCUUUGCAAGGCCGUCAUCCUUAUCGGUACCGCCACUGCUGUAGUCUUCGGUCUCUACGGAAUGUACACCUCUACUCUCGGACUUGAACUUGCCGAUGUGCUCCCAGAGCACACCCCACCAGCAGCUUUCCUUCGUGCCCGUGAAAAGUACUUCUCGUUCUAUCCAAUGUUUGCAGUUCUUAAAGGAAAUGACAUUGACAUUCCGAACCAGCAACAACUGAUCGAAGAGUACCGACAACAGCUUGGAGCAUCGAAGUUCAUGAUCAAAGCAGAAGGAAAACUUCAACCAUACUGGAUGUCUAUGCUAAGAGUCUGGCUUCAAUCUCUGGAUAAGGCUCUUGAGAAGGAUCUGGCAGCUGGAAAGUUCGAUUUGACAAAUGGAAACCCAAUCAAGGUCAAUGGAGAGAAGCCAACACCAGAAUCAAUGAUCGCCGCGAGACUUGUCUGCUCAUUCGGAACGAAUUAUGACUGUAGUGGAAGGCUUGGAAAGAUAAAAAUGGUUGAUCAAAACGAUGUGAUCAAUCCAGAAGGAUUCUACAACUACUUGACCGGAUGGUUCAAUGUGGACAACAUGAUGUACUAUGUGUCCCAAGCAUCCUUCUAUCCAACACCACCAGGAUGGGAAUACAACGAGAAGACCGCCAAGGUUGUACCUGCCGCUGAACCAUUGUUGUAUUCUCAAAUGCCAUUCUAUCAAAACGAUUUGGUGGACACUCCAGCGAUUGUUAAGAUGAUUGAAGAGAUUCGAGCGAUCUGUGAGGAAUACACGGAGAGAAGUCUUCCAAAUUAUCCAUCUGGAAUUGCAUUCACUUUCUGGGAGCAAUAUUUGUCAUUGAGAUUCAACUUGUUCAUGGCUAUCCUUAUCAUUGCUGCCGCUGUCUUCACUGUCAUCUCGAUCUUGAUGUUCAAUCCAUGGGCAGCUACUCUGAUCAUGUGCAUUGUUGUGAUCACCACCAUUGAACUCGGUGGAUUCAUGGGUCUUAUGGGUAUCAAGAUGAACCCUAUCUCCGCGGUCACUCUCAUCUGUGCCGUCGGAAUCGGAGUCGAGUUCACUGCUCACGUCGAGUUAGCCUUCCUGACAUCCCUCGGAACCAUUGACCAACGUCUCGAAUCUUGUCUCCAGCACAUGUUCGUUCCAGUCUACCACGGAGCGAUUUCCACAUUCCUCGGAGUCGUCAUGCUCGUUUUCUCCGAGUUCGACUUCGUUGUCAAGUACUUCUUCUACACGAUGACAGUACUUGUGGCACUUGGAGUUUUUAACGGACUGUGUGUUCUUCCUGUGAUCUUAACAUUGGUUGGACCGGAACCUGAGCUGAUUCCUUCAAGUGGAGAUUCGGUGCUUCCGCCGCCACCACCAUUGAGGCAGCAGAAUGCUGAGAAGGAUGGGUAUGGAGGUGGUUUGGAAGGUGGAAUGAGGAAGCGGAAGGAGAAGAAACAGGCGGAGGUCGAAAUGUCCGCACGGGACUCUCCAUCCACAUCGUCAGCGUCACACUCAUCAGAUGACGAGACAACA